AUGCUCAACAAGAUCUACGUCUACGAAAACAACGAUCACGCCGCCGCCGCCGCCGCCGCCCGCCUUGUCCUUCUUCUUCCACAAGCCCCUCACCAGCCCCGUCACCGUCCCGCCCGUGCCCGCGUCCUCGCCCGCUCGCCGCACGUGCUCGCCGCCGCCGACCCGGGCCUGGACGCCCACCUACAGCGCGCGAUCGCGGUGUGGCAGCACUGCGGAGGCUUGCGCGGCAGGGUGGUGGCGUUCAGGGUGAGGAACGGCGCUGCGAAGACGGGGGAGGUGUGCAAGUGGCUGAGGCUAUUCGCGCUGGCGGAGAGCUUGGGCGGCGUCGAGAGCUUGUGCGAGGAAAUGGCGGUGAUGAUGCAUCAAAGGCCCCGUAAGGAGAGGCUCGAGGAGCUGGGGACUCAUGGUGAGAUGAUUGGGGCAAGUGUUGGGCUGGAGGUCGUGGAUGAUUUGAUGAAGGACUUGAUGGAAACGUUGGACAUCAUGCUUGGCAAAGGUGCGGUGGAGGGGGAGAUUUGUAGACACGCAUGA